AUGGAGAAGCCGGGUAGCCAUGGCACAACCGGUUGUAAACCCUUAACAACAUUUGUACAAACAAAUACAAAUACUUUCCGAGAGGUCGUACAGAGGCUAACCGGCCCAUCAGAGGGUAAUAUUGCAGCAAAAGAAGUGGCAACAACGAAGGUGGGUGUAAAGAGAGCAACACCAAGACUACAUGAGAGAAGGCAAUACUCUAGGCCUAGACUUGAGAUAGUUAAACCCCCUGUCCAAUUUAAACCUGCAGGCGCAUCAACCAACCAGCACCCUCGCUUCUCCCCCACCACAUCAGGAAACUCUGGUUUUCUCCCAAGCCCUGUGACCCCUUCUACAAUUUUCUCAAGGCUAUGCAUCUUGGAAGAUGAAAAGAAAGGAGAAUCAGGAAUACCUGAAUUGAAUACUCAAGAAGAAGAGAAAGCCAUAAAAGAGAGAAGAUUUUAUUUGCAUCCAUCACCCCGGUCUAGACCAGGAUACACUGAGCCAGAGUUGCUUACCUUGUUCCCUCUAACAUCUCCAAAAACAACUGAGAAACCAUGA